AUGGCAGGGAAACGGAAGUCUAAUGUUGCUUCUACCGAAGAUGACUUGUACGGACAGUCUGAGCGUGCGCCAAAAUCCACUCGCACAGCUCCGACUUUGAACACCGAAAAGGCCAGCGCAGGCCAGAGAUUCGGCGAGACUGUCGACUACAUUCCGUUGGACCAGGACACUAGCCCAGGCCAGAGGUUUGGCGAGUCUGCCGACUUCAUUCCACUGAAUCAGCUGUCGCAAGUAUUUGGCGCCGACGAAGAGGAUGAAGAAGCGCUCAACGUAAUUCAAGGAUCCCAGGAAGUGGAUGAAGCCUCUUUAACCAGCUCCAUCCUCUAUGGUAUUGUUUCUACAAACAUCGUUGGUGUACGCUUUUACAGGGGCCGUGCCAACCCAGGGGAACGGGUCAUCAUAAAUCGGGAUGCGAAUAAUAAAUUCGAUAGCAAUGCUAUAAAGGUUGAUAAUGUCAUGGGCGCCCAAAUCGGCCACAUUCCGCGGCAAAUGGCGGCCAAGCUGGCGUCAUACAUGGUAAAAAUCUCCAAUCAUAUUGCUUCCGAGACAUUGCUAACGUUCGUUAUCAAAGGACGCUCGCGAUCUCAUUAUUGA